GCGACAUAUUGGGAAGGUGACCAGUUCUCUCAUUAUUUGCCUUAAUCUCCAGAAAUACCCAAGAUAUAGAAUGAAGUAUGUCCAUUAAGAGAAGAGGCAGCAGUGGUCUCGACCAAGGAGUUCCUAUGCCCAAUGUCCUUCUGAACAGCCCAAAAAAAGAACCAGAUAUGGCAGAGCCCAAGGUCACGAAAACGCAUAUGUUACCAAAGUCUACAGCUCGGAAGUCAUGUUAUAACAUCGGCAAAAAGUUGGAAGCGGAGCAGUUGUUGGGGACAUUAGAUAAUGAGGAACAGCAGAAGUUGCAAGAGACAAUGCAAGGAGGUCUUGGUCAGAAACGACGACCUGCAGAAGCCAAAAAUAUCUUUUCAAUUUUAAAUGAAUCAAAAGACUGUCCACAGGAAGAUGUUGUGGAACGGGAUGUUGUUGUCAUAGAAGAUAACGAGACUAGCACAGAGAGGUCAGUAGGCUCUAAACCUGUGAGGGCUGGAGUGUUUUCGAGCCUUUCGAAAAGUUUCAAAGCUCUGAAUCCUUCCUUGGUAGCUGGCAGAAAGUCUGGUACGCAGUCCCCGGUGGAAUCUACCACAUCUGGUAGAAAAUCUCAGACGCCAUCUCCAACAGGGUCAACUGGCACCGACCAGAAAUCGCGUACACGGUCUCCCUCAGGAUCAGAUGCAUCUGGUCAGAAGUCUCGAACUCAGUCCCCGUCAGAAUCUAUUCAAUCUGGGCAGAGGUCCCGACUGCAGUCUCCUGACGGAUCAGUUACCUCAGAACUUGCUUUAGAUGAGUCUGGUCAUGAACCCAACCCUGGAGAGGCAUCGGUAAAGUCGAGAAAAAUUACACAGUCACAGCAGUCAAGGUCACGAGUAGGGCGUCUGGAAUUCAGUAGUGUUGAUUUUGACUUGAUCUUACCAGGUAGAUCAAGGAGUCAACGGUCAAGUUCUGGCCAGAGAGAUGGUUCUAGCUUGGAGUCCAACAAACCCAGCUCAAAACUUGGUGCUAAAAAUUCAAAUGCGGAGAACAAUUUAAUUCCGUCACAAAGGUCAGGGCGGAGCAGGCGGAGUUCACCGGCACUAGUUUCUCCCUUUCUGCCAGAGUCUGCUACCUCAUCUUCUUCGGUAGCUUUGAGGCGACUGUCAAAAUCUCCCUCUGCAUUUGGUAAGGAUGAUGCAAAUAAGUGCCAGAUAAGAUCUGGGGCCAACUCUAAGGCAGCAAAAACUUCAUCUGGAAAGUUUGUCAAAGCAAUGUUGAAGAUACCCUUGAAAGAGCAGACAUUCGCAGAGGCAUCCUUCAAUUCAGACAGACACACUUUGUCUUCACCUGAUACUUACUUCGAUGAUAGCCCAGUAACACGGUUGCGUCGGUUUGAUUUUAGUCCUCGUAGUCGGGGUUUCUAUAAAGCCAUAGCUCAUGGUCUCAAACAUGUCACACCAAAAGCACUGCCUUCUGCUCCUUCCGAAGCUAAAAAUCGUGACUCUGACACUGAAAAAUCAUCUGCGCGAUCCCCAAGGUCGUCUUCAAGAGGGGUGAGGAGAUAUAGUUAUGACGAGUUGUUGAUUCCUUUUGGGAGGGAUGAAUCGGAUUCAGGCCGGAGGUUGUCGAGAAGUGCCAGAAAAGCAGCUCAGAGUUCAGAUAAUGGCUCUCCAUCUCCGCAUAGGAAAGGCACCGAUAUGUCUACAAGAUACAUAUAUUUUGAUGACAGUCACUCUGACAGUGAUUCAUCGGUGAAAGUUCAUCCCAAUGUAAAAUCCCUUCUAAUGCAUCUGGAAGAAUCUAAAAGCAAGAAAAAAGUUCCUGUCAUAUGUUUAGAGAAUAUCACAGACUCUCCAACCUCUGCUGACCAAAGCGUUAAACUUGUCAACCCUGACCUUGAGAAAGAAUUUGCUGCAUCAAUACCAACAGAGGCAAAACGUAAAUUGAACUUUUCUUCAGUCCUUGAUUUAGAAAAGGAUACCGAUUGUGUGGUAACUGAUGAUAAAAACACUGUUCCUAAAAAUGUGGAAAGAACUGGUAAAUCGAAAACUGCGCCUGAUGUAUUGAAAGAAAAUGCAUACGAGUUGGAUAAAGCAGACGGUCAAGCUAAUUCUGCAGUGGAGGAAACUGGUGAAGACAGCGGCAAAAAAUUUAGCUCUGGAGGUUCUGAACCUAUGCAAGGUGUAUCUUCAGAAGGUGAUGGCGGUAAUGACGGUGCUAAGGAGGACAUCUGUGAUAGGGCCCCACCUAGUCCCUGCACAACAGAACCAGUAAAACACGGCUUGUUGUUUGGCUUGAUUGAAAAAAUGCAGACGAGGAUACCAGGAGACGUUCAUCACCUGCCUCCAGAACCGGAACCAGAAGAUGAAGAGAGUAGUGAGCAGACGUCAGUCCGAGAAGAUGUGGAAAGCUCCGAGUCUUCAGAGGAGGUGUCUGAAGAAGACUCAUCUGAUGAUUCAGAAGAAGAGUCAGAAUCUAUGGACACGCUGACAAAGAAUCAUGUAGAUUCUGGGUCGUCAGAGUAUGAAUCGGAGUCUGAAGAGGAUUCUGAUACUGAUUCAAGUGAAGAUGAAGAAGAAGGUGAAGAAGACAGAGUGGUGGCAUCAACUUCCGCAGCGUAUCAAGAAGAUAGCAAGCUUGUUGCUGCUAAAGUAGAAACAGAAGCUGAGAGCAUGGAAGUUGACGACGAGAUUGCUGUGAAAUCUACUGAAAAGAUUGAAGAAGAGUUAAGUAGUAAUUUUGAGAGCGAGGGGUCUCCUGGGCAGAUUCCUACUCUUGUUUCAUUGGCAGAGGCUGCAAAUGGAAUGAAUAUUGCUGAUAAAUCAAUUGAUGAAAUGCCCAAACUUACACGUGAAACUAAAGAAUUGAAAGGAGAGUGUGAAACUAUUAGAAUGAGCAAUGAGAAAUCUUUAGCAAGGGAUGCCAAGUCAAAUGAUGCAGCGGACAAUACCAGUACUUUAGAUUUGUUGAAAAUUCUAGAUGAUAAUGAAUCAAGAUCUUCUGAGUUUGGGAGGACGACUCCCAAACUUUUUGGAAAAUUACCAAUUUCUGUUGAGGAUAAAUUACAUGUGGUGCCGCGAUCAUCUUCUGGUUUACUUGAGACUGAUGAGAAGGAAAUGUCUGAAGACGAAGGUUUGGAUUUGAGUGCAGUUGACGCAGAAGUUGGAACUGAGGAGCCAGAGACGGUGGGUUCCCAGUUGUUGGCUUAUCUGACUGACCAUGAGUAUCUAAAUAAAUCCUUGGCAGAUAUUCAAAUAGGGAGUAAAGAAAAUACACCGGAGUUGGAGAGAGCAGAGAUGGAGAAGAAAUUGACAGCUGAAGAACAGGUGUUUUCUGAUGAAGAGAGACUUGCUGUGUCCUUACCUUUCAAAAUGUUUGAAAAGAGUGAUGCUUCCGCUGGCAAGUCCAAUGCAUUUAUCAGCAGUGAAUUGGAAUCGUAUUUAGAUACGAAAUCUGACCUGCAGUCAGAUAUUCUGCAGUGUGACAAAAAACUGACGAACAGUGAAAAAAUCAUGAAGUAUACUUUUGGCGGGGAUGUACAUAUUGAUGAGGACGCUGUGACUCCUGACCUAGAUAACAUUGACGGGAUCUUAUUCAUGUCUUUUGACUCUGAAGAAUCACUUGAGGCACACACAGUUGUUGAGUACAAUAAAAAGAUCUGUUCGUGGCAUUCAAGUUUCUAUCAUAGGAUGAAAUACGUCUUGAAUGAACAGGAGCGUCGUAUGGCCAAGAUUGAAAAUAGCCUGGUUCAAUCACAAAUUACAAAGAAAUGGAAGCCGUUGUCAGAACGUAUGGCAAAGUACCGCAGGAUGUUGACAAAUCAGGUCAUGAAGAUCAAGAAAAGAAAUUUGAUGAAGAAGAAGAAGGAUGAGGCGCAAAAAGCUGAGGAGCUUGCGAAGCAGGCAAACGAUUUGGUUUUGUUGGAAAGAAUGACCACUGAGGAUUUGAAUGAGGCAGACCCUGAUGCUGAUGUUGGCUCUGCCUAUUUGCACAGGACAGGAAAGUUACAUUGGCGGACACAAGAACGUCUGCUGAAGAACCUGACACCAGACGAGGCAAAAGAACUGCAGUCUGAAUUAGGCCUAACUUUGAAAAAGAAGCGGAGGAAAUUGGUUCCAUUUACUCAUAAGAAAAACACAAUGGAGAAGCAUGGCUCUGAUCACAGCAUGUCACCUGAGGAAAGACCGUCUGCUGCAGGAAGCUUUGAUCAGUUGUACCAAACGUUUGGUGCAAAUGAUGGCGAUAAAGCUGAGGAGCAGGUGGAGGGUGUUGAAGCCCUGGAUGACGAUGAACAGGUUCAGUUGGUGCAGGACGCAGUGACAGAACUCUUAAAUGAAGACAAAAAAUCAAGCGAAAACCAGUCGAGAUAUAAACACCCGCUGAUGCGCAGCAGAUCGAUUUUUGAGACUUUUGACAUAGAGAGGCCGAAGAUUCCUUCUCCGACUAAACCCCGGCAGCUCUUAACGCAGGGCUCAAAGAGCAGUUUCAACAUGUUCAAAUGUGAUCUUCAGGGUCUCAUGAAAAGGCGCUUACAAUUCAAAAACGAAAAGUUAGGAGACCCGAUGAAGGGGAGAAAACGAGUGACAACAUUGACAAUCACCGGUCAGAAUAUCACCGACAUCGUACAACCACCUGACUUGCCUGAACAUUCUGAAGAAAUGUCUGCGGAUGACGAUUGCUGUAUCGUCUCAGAAGAUGACACUAGCACCCUCAACCUCGAUGACGGAAAAUUGCAGCCACAAAUAGUGAACGAACGGAUGGCAUUAUUUGCAGCAUCUGCGAUCCGGCUGGUUAAAGCUGUACAGAGGAAGGGGAAGAUGGUCUUCGAGCUUGAGGAGCCACCGAAGACGUCCUACUUGACCCAGAAUCGUGCUCUUGCCCGUGCCCUGCAAGCAGCACCACGUACAGCUGUCAAGGCACACAAGGGUCUUUGUGACCAACCUGGCUGUCGAUACGGUUGUGUGUGUCACCUUUUGGACCCCCUUGACCCAGAGACGGAUAGUUCUAGUUCUGCCAAGAACAAGAAGCAGCUCUGCGCCAAAGAAUACUGUCGCCUCGGCUGCAUCUGUGAAAGUAUUGGAACCACGAGUCCAACAAAAUGUCAGAAACCACAGUGUCGGUUCGUCUGUCGAUGCGAGGUACCAUCGACAUCAAAAGGGGAGUCAAGCCACCUUUGGAAAGAGGACACGCCUUGUGAUAAAGAAUAUUGCCAGCUGGGUUGUGUUUGCAGUAGCGUCAACAGCUUUGGUAUUGGCCUGUCGAAAUGCACCAAACCAGAGUGUCGAUUUCUUUGCAAGUGCCCUCGAGACGAGGAUGGGAAUCCUGUUGAUGAUGAGCCGAAAAAUGACCUGCCGCAGACGAGACAACGACGAGCUCGGAAGGAAUCGGCAUGGCUGAGGGACAUGGUGUCAUGGGAUUUCCUACCAUCGAUAGGAAAGAAUAACCUCCAGCAAAUUGCUCUUCCAAAGAGCCCACCUCAACAUAAGAUUCGUGGGAAGAAGAUUGAUGCUACCUCAGAUCCAUCCUUCAAGCCUUGUCUGAAUAACAGCCAGCGACUGUCGAUAUUUCCCAAGGGUUCUCAGCAGCAGAUAGAAGAGCAGCAGACAUUCCCAAUUCCAGAAAACCAAGAUGCACUUCCAAAAUAUCGCUGUAUGCUGCCCUCGGAUGCUCAGAGGUACCCUGGAGGCCAAAUGCCUUCCAGCAGUAUGAAUCAGCCUGUAUUCCCGCGAAAUGAAAUGUCUCAACCGGUGUUUCCAAGGAAUGAAACUGCGAUACCUGGCAACAACACAAGUCAAGCGGUUAUUCAGCAGGAAACAGGGCUUGAUUAUGAAAAUGGAGUGAGAAAACUUGCAUCCCUACACGAAGAGCUGAGCAAGGCGUUGCCCCAUCUGAAUAUUCUGCCUCCUAGUCCAAAGAAGAAGAAGAAAAAGAAGGUUCUUCCCAUCUCGAUGCCGGAAGAGGCCACAAUGUUCCCUUGGGUGGCAACCGACACUCGCCAACAUCCAGAUAAAACGUGUGCAAGGGUCCGCCAUUACACUCCUGCUGUCAGGCCUGUCAAGUGUACCUGUUGCCUUACUACCAGAGAAGGCCAAGUAGAUGAGUGCAACAAGUUCAAAGCCCGUCUGAUCCUGGAGCAGGCCCUCAGGCGUUCUGCUGCGGUGCACAAGCUCGAUUAUAAAGAAAAGAAACUGCCUCCCGGGUUGCGGAGACGGUCAUCUGAUGGUUCGUCUUAUCCAUCAUCACCCGGUGCUGCGUCCCUUGAUAGUUUCUCAUCCCAUGAUCCGCAUGACCACCUCGGAGAUCGUAGCCGACUUGACACCAAGUCUCCUCAGCCCUUCUCGACCCAGAUGAUGCUACUGCAACCCAAGAAGAAGGAUGCUGGGAAGAGUAUCCACUGCCGGCCACAACUUCUCGAAAUCUCCUCAAACUGCCAAUGGAUACAUAUCCGUUCGCAGCUACUUGGUUAUGUUGCACAGCAGGUCAAGGACAGGUUGUAUCCACCAGUAUCAAAGGUCGCGAUUUCAACUUUUUUGAUUGAGAUUUUACCUCGUGCUGAUCGGCCAACUAGGAUCCCGCCUCAUCUUCAGUCCAGUCUCCCAGCAGAGAUGUAUUCCGUCAGAAUUUUGAUUAAACCGACUCCGUCUUCAGCGGAGAAAAUCAGCCAGUUCCCAGCUGCUGCCAAGAAGGAGGAGCUUGUGGAAGUCUCUUCAGAUUCGGAUGAUGACCUAGCAGACGACCAGGUAUCUGCUGUGGAGGAAACCUGUGCUCGAAUUACUCCAUUCAUUUCAAAGAACCCGAGGCAAAAAACUGACAAGAAAGACAAGUCAAAGACUCGAGAAGUUGUGAAAUCCAAAACAGAGGUUGUAGAUUUGACAAAAUCUCCUGUUCGGGGUCACAGCAAAUCUCGUAAACAAAGCAAGAUUGUUGACUUGACUCAAGAUGGAAGCGAUAGUGAGGAUGAAGGAGUCCAAAAACAGCAGAUGACAAUGGUUGAAGAAAAGCAGACAACACCUGAUGAUGAUGAUGAUCAGAUGACAGUUGUUGCCCAAAAACAUACAUCUACCGAGAGAGAUAUUUCAGCCAUUGUUAACAAAAUGCAGACGUCUGAUUCGAUUGACACAGGUACUGUUCAAAAUGGCUCCCAGCGUGAUGAUAAGAAAGAUAAUCAGGGACUGCAGGCAUUGGAAGAUGCGUCCAUUUCCAAGGAGUUAUCCGAUCCUGCAAGCACAAGUGCUGUAGUUGAGAUGGAAGUGAGUGACGUCAGUGACGCCGAUGGGGAAAAUGACCAUGAAGUGUUAUCGAUGAGGGUUGAACAAUCCGGGCUGAGCAAUAUAAAGAGAGACAUUGUCGUUGGAGAUGAUUUUGAGAAGGAAAUAUCUACUCUGACAGAGGUGGUUAGUGACACUGACAUGAUAAGAAAAUCUGAGACGAAGGGUCUUGUUGUAGAAAAAGCUGAUUCCAUGGACAAGGAUCAGUCUUUCAAAGAUGAGACAGACCAGGCUGCUAUUCUCGACAGUUUGGCAUGUUUGAAGGCACUGUCGGAGUCUAUAGAUCCCCCUGAUGCUGAUGAAGAGAAAAUGGAGACUGAUCAGACAGCUGAGGGUCAAGACGAAGCAAGUGCUGAAGGUAGCAGUGGAGCCAGUGCAGAAAAGAGAGAGCUGACGGCUAUGCCCAGUGAAAAUGAAGGCUCUGAAAUCGAAGCAACAGAAAGCAAACAGGAUGAAAUGAGGUCUCAGGAGUCCUCUAGUUCCAGCCAAGACCCGGCUGAAAAAGGAAAACUUGAAAAGGAUACUCUUCAAGAAUCAACGGAUGCUAGUCAACCUGUAAAAAGUACGACAAGAUUCCAGUCAUUUAAAUCAUCAGUUUUCAAAAGCAAAGUCAAAUCGGCUCCUUAUAGUGAUCUUGCCGCCAUUUUCCAAACUGCUAUGCCAGACAAAUCUCAAGAUAAACAGACACCAAGUGUCGUUAGGAUGAGGGACACUUGUUCACUGAGUGCGACAGAUGUUGAUAGAUUUACUGCCGAGGACCUGUCAUCUGAUGAGCCAGAACCAUUUAAAACAAUCUCGUUUUCAAGUUUGCCGGAAUCUGUCAAACAGCCACUUGCACACCAGGUGUAUUCAUUGAUGUUGAAGACACCAGGGACAAAUGACAUUCUAGCUCUUGUGAAAAUACAACCAUUGGCCACUAAGAAGAUUCCUGGCCUGCCAGUGCAGGAGGUGACAGUUAAAGUAGUUUGUCCAAGGCCUUUGAUAAUGAGUUUGAAUCGGGACCGAGACACAUGUAGGGGAGCAGAAUCUCACCCAGGUGAUGAUGGGGCUCAAUCCACCAGUCUUGACAAUGAAAAGCGAGUUGAAGAACUGGAUAUCAUUUCUGAUGACCAGAAAACAUGUGUCAACGUGUCAACAGAAGAACGUCUGCAUCAACCAAACAACCAUACUCCAUCUUCAUCCAUAUCUGGGAAAGAGACAUGCUUACAGGCCGAGGCAUCAUCUACUGUUGACGACGAACAGAUGUCAGCUUUGUCUAGACGGCAUGAGAAUUUGCGAUUAUCAGCUGAACCGAUCCUUGAGAAAGCUGUCAACAUGGCCAAGGAGUUUUGGCAGAAGUUAAGAGGCAAGUCGCAGGACGGAGAGGCAGACGAAAUGGGUGAAAAAACAAGUGAUGAGAUCGGAGCUGGUGAUGCUGGGACUUCAAAAAGUGAGCAAAAUAUGAGUGGAGCUGGUGAUUCGUUCAGGUUGGUGCCUGAUGCAGUUGACAUGAGCGCUGAACCUGACUCCCCCGAUGAAGAUGUUUCGCAGCCACGAGAAAGAAAUCUGUUUGAAACAUUUGGCGCUCCAGAAAAAAUGCCCAAAACUAGCCGUGGAAAAGAAAUUAAGGAAGAGGCAUCUGUCAAUUUAGGAGGAAAAGACACUUAUCAAAUUGACGUAGAGCUGCAGCAGACGAUAGAAGAAAAGUCAUCUGUUGUCCCGCCUGGUUUAUUUGGCAUGAUUUAUGAAGACAUCACUCCUGUUCCCAGUCCAAAUGUAGGCCUUGUGAUUGCAGAGCCGGACAGUACAGUUCAAUCACGUCCUGAAACACCGCAUGUAGAUCUUAAAGGAGAACCUGAAUUUCUUCCAUCUGCUGCAACUGUUCCUAUGGAAACUACAGAAGAGACCAUCAUAGGAGAACCAAGUAAAGAAGGAACUCCAAGAAAGGAGUCGCAAGAUUCUGGUAUAAAUGACGUUGAUGAUUUUACUUCAAAGGCCGCUGCUGCUCUGGCAGAUAUGGCAUCCUCUGUAGCUGAUGAAUUGAACUUGGAAACACGAAAGAAUCAGGAUGUAGAAAUGCAGAUGACAGAAAGUGCAUUGCCUCCUGAUGCUUUAUCAUCUGCUGUGGCUCUCAUUGAAGAGUUAAGUCAUGAUGGUAGAAACUUGGAGGCGGCGUUGACGUCUGCUUCAUCUCCUUCAAAAGAGGGUGCUGUGGAUGAGAACAGGAAUCCAAAAGAAGUCAUUAAAAUACCUUCAAAAGAUGGAGACCUGGACACAGAUGUUCCAUCUGAAGGAGCAGUUAUAAACUCCAGUCCAGCAGAAGAGUCUUCUGACGCUAAAUUGGAUGGAUCAGUUUUGAAAUUGGAGUCAAAGGAGGAGGUGUCUGUUGGUGAAGAAGAUGCCAGCAAUAAAUUGCCAAGUAUUGUUGAGGUUCCAAAACUUGAUGAGAGUUCAGGAGACUCAGUGUCAGACAAAGAGCCAAAAUCAGCUGAUAUCAUCUCAAAAUCUGACAGCAUGGAACCAUCAAAAUUGAGUGCAUCUUCUGUUUCACAAGCUCCGGCUUUGGUGCCACCAACUAUCAUGUUUAAGAAAUCUUCACAAUUUGACUCCUCGGUUCCUUCACCAGGGUCAGUUGCAAAAACUUCAACAGCUAUCAUCACUCGUGAUCUACCUUCAUCAGGAAUCAAGGCAACUUUCACUGCACAGGUCUUACCCGAGACGAACACAGUCAUCAGCUUUGACGUGAAAUUCGGCUCGUCUGCGCAGAAGGGACAAGCAACUGGUCCAGCCACCAAGCGAGUAGAUUCAAAUGUACCUGCGGCAAAAUCUGCAUCAGAGCUGUUGUCCAGUGCUCAGCGUGAUUCCCACUCGCAGCCUGGAACACCAAUGAAAGGGACUGGUAUGGCGCCCGGAGUUAAUGCUGCCUCUCAGAACCUGGCUGGUGCAGCAUCAGUAGCAUGUCGUGUGGGCCCUAGAAUUCUCCAAACCAGUACCCCUGGUUCUCCUCGGAUAUCUGAAGUUGCCUCGAGAAAUCUUCAAACCGGUAAACCUGAACAUGUGAGAAUGUCUCCACAGAAACCAGAACUUGCCUUGUCCGGAACCUCGACGCCGCCAGUGGCUUCAGUACCAGAAGUGCCAUCUUUCAACCCAAGUGAAAGGAAAGGUCGUAGAAAGGAGAAGCAUAGUAUUCGUGAAAUGCCGGAAGAUGAAUUGACGGACCAGCCGAUUGUCAGCAUGGUGGCGAAGAAGGAGGUGAAAAAGCGUAAACCUUUCCCGCAUGAGUACGAAACGCUCUUCUACAAGAACAAGAAAGGUGUUGGUGAUAUGCCGGUGACUGUCGUUAAAACGCAAGAUGAUGAUGAAGUGGUUGAUGUCGACGAUCUCAGCGAUGACAAACCAGAAAUCAUGGAGCUAGAGCCGUCCGAAUCGGAUGUUGAUAUUGAAGAUUAUGACAGCGAAUGUGAGCUGCAGGUUGUGCGUCUGGUUCAAGCUGCAAGCGAUAAUCUCUGCCAGUUCUAUGUUAACCCUGACUGUGCCCUCCACUGCCAUGAGGAGAUGAAGAGGAAAGCCAAGGCUCUGAUGAUAAGUGGACGACAGGAACGUGAAAAAUCUCCUGAACCCCCGCCUCCACCAGUUAAGAAGAAAAGGAUCAGAAACCGAAAGAAGCUGACACCGGAUGAAAAGAAGAAGCCAGGACCUAAGCGAAGUGAGAAAAAGGUGAAAAAGUCGUCUGAAGGUGGUGAGAAGGUGUCUUCUGCAGCUGGCCCCAGUCCUGAUCAACUUGGUAGACCGCCGCUUGCUGGUCCAAGACUUAUUGGGCAAGGUCUCACGAUGCAGGGUGUCCCCAGACCACAGAUACAGAUUCAGCCAGGUGUGCAGAGAACCCCUCUUCAAGGAAUGCACAGCUUCCAGAUUAAGUCAACACCCAGUCCUGGUAUGCAAGGUUUCCAGAGGGCAAAUACCCCAGUGUCAUCGGGAGCUGGGGGUUUGAGAUGCACAACACCGAGUUCAGAUACGCAAGGUUUCCAGAGGGGAAGCACCCCAGUGAUGGGAGUCGGUGGUCCGAGGUACAUCACAUCAAGUCCAGAUAUGAAAGAUGUGGUCGACGAUGUGACGCUGAAGGUUAUUCAGGCUAUGGGUGUCAAACCAGGCCAAGUUGUUUCCAUCCAGAGGAUCAAUCCUAACCAGAAGCAGAAGGUGGAGACCCCGACCAGAUCAACCCCUCUCCCCGUUUCACAGUCUUCCACGCCAGCCCGGAUGUCAUCCCCUACAUCGAGUACAAUUAGUGAACCGCUUGAAUCCGGUGCUGAAACUCCACCAACAAGAAGCAAAGAUGAACACUGCUCAAAUCGUGACUCAGACUGUGACUUCCACUCAGACAGUGAAUGUGUCACUCGCCGAAAAAAAAGUGCAUUGAAAGUCUCAAGGGAAAGAAUAAGGCGUAAGAUGAUGGCGUCCACCUGUGACCGUCUGAAAAAUUGUCUUGGAAUCAGUGGAAAUACACCAAAAGCUACUGUUAUGAAACAGGCAAUUAUUUCAAUCCGAGCCCUUGAGUUCCGGGAGAGAUGCCUAUUGGAGGAGAAGAAAACUCGCCUCUGUGAGCUAAUGGCAACAGCAGGACAUUAUGGCGAGCUUCGGUUUGGUGAGAUCCCUGAUGUUGAGAAACGAAAGAAAUUCGUCAAGAGCCUGAUUCCGAAAAGGCUGCAUGAACCAUCUUCGAUUCCACAGUUUAGGCAGUUCUGUUUAAUAAGUGGUUUGGAGGAUGAUAACAAACAAAUGUCCAGUCCCCCUAAAAAAGUAACCAAAUCAAAACUCCAGACUAUUGCACCAGCACCUAAGCCAGUUGCAGUACCAGCCACAGGCACUCCAGAAGUGGGGCAAAUGGUAAACAGUAAGCCAGGACCAACAGUGGACCAAGCUCGACCAUUACCAGAAUCAAAACCGAAACAUUUUGCAUUUGGAGCAAAAUCGAGAUCAAAGUCAAAGAAGAAAAAACCAACUAAAGUUGAGACUCCGACACCUGCAGAGACUGUAGAUCCAAAGCGGUUAGAAGAACGAUUGCCUUAUAUUGGUUGUCAGGGUACCCUUCAGAGAGCCUUGCAGCGCCAAAAAGUGGUACCAAAUUUGAAUCCUCGGAAGUCAACGGAGGAGAAUUCCUGCAAUACUGACAAAAUUGUCGAGGCAACAUCAGAAGCUGGGGAGAGCGUAACAGUGGAUGUGGAAGAAGUUCCCCUUGAGGAUGCGCUUGGUCAACUUCUCGAUCCUGAGAGUGAUGAUGAAGGGGAGUUGAUUAAUGUCACAGAUUCCCCUGAGCCGGGAUCAUUGAAACGAAAAGGGGUCUUCGAACCGGUGGACCCGAAUACAACGAAACGUAUCACAUUUUAUGUCCGACCAGAUGAAGCUGAGGGAGCCGUUGUUACAGAACACUAUGUUGAAAAAGAUGGUUCAAAAAUCAACCGUAGUCGGAAGCAGGCUGCUCCACAAAAGUUUAUUGAGAGUCCUGUGGGAAAUGAAGCUGAAGAACCUGAUGAACCAGAGUUGGAUAUUUGUAGCUUUGAAGAUGACAGUGUUGAUGUGGUUGCCACAGAGGAAGUGGCAGAGGAGGCAGGGGAAGCAGUUGAAACUGUGAUUGACGAGGAUGAUCCUAUGUCUGAAACUGAUGGGGAUUGGAGAAAUGACAUUGGAACUGGGUUACUGAAUAAUUCGGUUCAGAAGGAUACCUCUGGACCAGCAAUACCAAGAUUAGGAGUGUUUGACAUGUGUAGCUUGGAAGAGGAACAUGAUAAACAUGAUGCAACUGACUCCAAGUCCCUUACAACUGCUGAUCCAGGGUUGGUUUCAACCGUUCCUCCGGUGAUAGAAAGCCGUACCUUGAGCACAGGGAACUAUCAGAUGGUUGUCAAACGAGCGGGGGGUUCACCUUUGACAAUGUCCGCCGAUAAACCGCCAGUUUUGUCGAAAGAGAUGCCGAUGGGUGUUGAUCAAGAAGAGCCUCGGAGGAAUUCGACAGGAUCAAGACCGGUCACGCCGGUUGCUUUGGUAGGACCUAAUCAAAGGGUACUUACUCUCCCAGCAUCUGUCAUGUCCAGUUUAACCAAGCAAAGGAUGAGUCCGAUUACAAUCGCAUCAAAACAGGGAUUGACGACUGUCCCUUUGACAGUGUCCGUGAAUAGUGGGUCUUCUCAACCAGUCUCGGGUAGGCAAUGGGUUAUUCAUAAUUCUGCCACUAAGACAGUCAAGUCGAACUCUCGCAAUUUCACUGUUCCUGUCACAUUGCCAUCCAGUUUUGGAAGGGGGACUGUUCCUAUGGCCAUUCUGCCCAAGAGCAAUACUCCAGCCGAGAUGAACCCAGAGACUGGCAUUUCGGGAAAAUUUCCAGUUCCUGUGUCCGUUUCUAUUACGCCGGGGAUUGGGCCAACAGCAAUAUCCUUCCCAACUCGCAUGACAGCAGUCUCAGGUAAUGGCGAAAGGACUGUCAUAAGUACAUCUAAGUCGGAAAUGAUCCGGAUGCCAAUAUCGAGUCUACCUCCAGGGACACUGUUACAUCUUCCAAAUCGAUCAUCAUCUGCAUCAACAACUGCAGGUACUGUGCAACUAAGACCAGGAACAUUCUUACGUCUACCAGAUCCAGCAAAGGCUCCAAUAUCGAUGUCUGGAAGUCCAGUGUCUGUCCAACCUGGACUGUCUGUACGUCUACAGAAUGCAACAGGAAUAAAGACGACGCAAUCGACGACGCCAGGUCUAGUGCGUGUCCCAGUUGUUACAUCAGCAGGGAAUAACGUGCCAAAAGGAACACCAGGUUACCUUUUCUGCCCUGCUCGAAGUUCUACAACACAAGCUUCAGUUCUAGUUAAGGGAAACACACUUGGAAAGCCUUCGCUUUUAAUCACUGGAACCACCACUUCACAGCAGCAGACUUUCUCCAGUUAUUCUACAGCUAAAUAUCCAACAGUUACUUCCACAAGUGUUACAACUGGACCUAAGGUGAUCAUUCGCCCUAUGAGCGCACUCCCGCGAAAUCCAAUAGUCCCUGUCCAAGGAAAUGCAAGCCUGGCUGCUGCAAAGAUGGGUGUUCCAAAGCCAGCUGCCGAACAGAUGAUACCAAGCCAAACGUCUGCUACUGGUGUAAACAACUCUUCUGACACUGGUCACCCGACUAAUAUUGUGAAGCCUGUGACAGCAAGCGGUGCGACCUCUAAUCGUAUUCCAUCAGCAGCAAAACAGACAGUGUGGAAAAAAAUGUCAACAGUUGAUCCCGAAACUGGAAAGAUACGGGAAAUUCCUUAUGCUCAAGUGCCAAUCACCGAUAUAGAACGGGUUUCACCAAGUACUACGACAGAACCGUCUGUCGUCCAAUGCAAGUAUGCAAAAACAACUACAUCAGAAGAAGAUCGGGUAUCGCCUAGGACUACGACACUAUCGCCUGUCUUUCACCAUGAUUAUGUGAGAAUGACUCCUGACCCUUUUACCGAUAAAGUCGCUCAGCCCAUGCCUGCUUUAACCCACUUGGGAACUGAGGUUGUGUUGUCUGCAAGUAACAAUCUAGCCAAAUUAACUCCGUUUCAAACUUCACAGCCAUCAUCAUCUCAGAUGUCCAGUGGAAAUAGUGACUUCUCCACCGAUUCCAAACUCAUAAUGGAACUUCCGAAAUCUUUCACCGAUAAUCUCCUUUCUCCCAUUAAAGCUAAUCAGAAUGCAGCUUCAACAGAACCAUUGCAGAUGUCAACAUCGUCCUCUACGGUGUCUCCUGGUCCUGAAUUAUGUAAUGAAAUGUUGGUGAAAGAUGCGGAAGCAGCCGAAAAGAAAGCUCUAGACUUGUCAAGAAAAACUGAAGAGGAACAGACGCUGUCAAUGGUGUUAGAAGUUCGGAGUGAACAAGAUACGAUGCUAGUAUCAGACGCUGCGAAGCUGUCGACGUGUGCUGGCCUGCCUGCAACGGGAUCAAUCAACACGAUCACCACGGCUACCUGUGUGUCGUCUGCCAAAACGCACGUAUCACCCUCCAAGAAAUCUGUUGUGAGGUAUGAUUCACCCAAGAGUCAAGAGGCCAUGUCUGAUGAUGAGGAUGUUUUGACUAUCGAUAUGGAAGCACAAUUAAAUAGUUCAAUUGAUGCACUACAACCUGGCGACGUUCCUGUGCCCACACGCUUGUUUGAAGCUGGUGUAAGUGAGUUGCCUGACGAGCUGUUCUGCAGAGACGAGACCCCUAGUCCCAUUGACGAGAAUCUUUGGAACGAAUCAUCUGAUGAUGACAUUCCGACAGCUGGUGCAGAAUCUGUGCGGUCACUGAGCACGACUCCUGUUCCAAGACUAGAUAUUGAAGGACGAAAAGCCAGUAUGAAAAGUCAGCCUGAGGGAUCAAAAGAGGGCCAGAGUAUCAAGGCUGUGGAUGUUGAUUCGGUCGUCACUGAUGAAGUUGAGAAGCCGAAGAAGAAGAGGACGUCUAGGAAAAAGAAAGCUGCUGACAGAAGUCAAACUGAUGAGGGUCCAGAGGGGGAGAAUGAAGCUGGUGGAGUAACGACUGCCGAUUGUGCGGUUGAUGAGGAGUCGAAAAGGAAACGAAAACCAGGGGCAAAGAAAACAGAUGAAAAGAAAACAGCUGACCCAGCGGAGGGUGGAGAAAAUGAAAACCUGGAUGAAGCAUCUCAGGAAGGAAAACCAACGAGGAAACGUAAAAAUAUGAAACCGAAACUUGAAGAUGGUGUUGUGAUAUUGACUGAGACAUCAAAAGCCAGUGUCAUGCGGGUAAACGUGGCAACCACAAGUGCCGCUUCUGAGGGUCUCGGAUCAGUAAACAGGGUAUCCAUUGUGAAGGCGUCUGCACCAGAGGGCGCAACUGGAAUGAUGAUGUCUGCUUCUGUGUUAUCUUCAUCCCAGACAACGCAAACUAAAUUACCACCUGGAAAGUAUCCUAUUGGUGUUUCUGAACUGAGUAACAAGGUGAUUUAUAUCCAGACGAGCAAGGGAAAAAUCCCAUUCCAAAUCCCUGAAAAUGCAUUUAGCGUGCCAACGAAAGACUCCGCUCUGAAAAAAUCCACCAAGACAGUGACAAUAGAUCUAUCAAAAAGUCAGCCUGCAGCUGGUGGGAAAACUUGGGCAAAGAUCAUAAUGCCUCCUCCAAGUACUCCGGUGUCGGUGUUUUCAUCAACAGGUUCCCAUACCUCCAUCUUGAGUGGAUCCACAUUGUCGUCUGCUUCAAUGAAACCAGAUUCAUCAUCUGGUGCAUCAACAAUGCUCACAACAAGUCAGCUUGUUGAUGCUGUCUCUGCUGCGUCUAUUCAGGCGUCAACACUAAAUUCAACAACACCUGCUGCGUUUGAAUCUAGUGCUUCUGGUAGUUCUGAAAACGUACCUGCUACAAGAACAUUACUGAUAGCCACACCUAGCAGUUUAGUUCCUGCCGUGAUAUCAGAGUCAACAUCUGUGACUGCUAGUAGCUCUAAAGCUGUCCUAGUCGCGUCGAAAGUGAUGACUUCCAAAACUCCAGAACUAAAAUCAGACAAUGACAUACAUGAAUCAGAUGGUGAAACUACAAUAUCAGACAGUGCAUCAUUAAAAAUGAACAAUUCUGAAAUUUCAGAGAGCGUUGUGAGAGGUUGUGAAGGGAUAUCUUUAUACCAGGCUGAGUCUAAGGCACCUGAUUCAGGACAGGCAGAGCCCAACUUCGGUGGUUUAGCGAUGGGAGAAGACGUUCGAACAAAGGAGCCCAGUUCAGCCUCAAAGGACCCAGUACUCUGUGCAAACUCGGAAAAAGGCUUUUCAGUUCCUAUAUCUGUUUCAACUCCUACUGCUGGCGAAACAAUUGGGCCAUUACUGUUGCCUCCAGUUGAUCCAAAAAGCGUAACGUUGGGGCCCAAUACGCCGAACAUGCCAGGACGGAUAACACAUCGGUUGCCAAGUCCAAAUGUAGACCAAAAAUAUAGUAGUUCUGGCCCUCGAAUAAGGGGUCCAAAUAUUAUGUCUGGUCCACGAAUCCGAGGGCCUGUUUUUCUGCCUUCUGGGUUUUCUCCAAAGAAUUUAUCACUUGUAUUGCGUGCGGGAACACCAGGACCUUUGACAGGAUCACAUGCAGGAACAUCGGGACCAGCCACUGAUCAAAAAGAUCCGAUUGUCAUUUCAUUUGAGCCUCGGAAUUCUGGUCCAACAAUUGAUAUCAUUUCCCCUGAUGGUGAAAAUCUUGGUCCAAGAAAGCGUAGAAGUCGUCACGGAAUGCCUGAUCCAGUUAUUGAUGAGAUCAUGAGGCCCCAGCAUGCGAAACGGGAGAGGAAACCGACAAAGAGGUUCUUGGAGGCAGACUCGGAUUCUGGGUCGGAACAACAGGAUAAAACGCCAGAAAAACAGAAGUCAAAAUCGAAUAAGCUCUCUCCAGAUGACGAUAAGGCAUUUGUACCACAAAAUGUACGUAAGCUGAAGUCUGAUACCACCCCAGAUAAAGGAAGCAAAAAUGUCAAAGGUAGCGGCCGGAAAAAAGCUAAGUUGGAUGCUGAAUCUUCUGCUGGGGAUUCUGGAGUUGUCCGAGAUGACAGUAAGACGUCGGCAUCUGGGUCGAAAAGUCCAGGGAUAAAGAGGAAGAAAGAGAAGGUCGAUGUGGCUGAAGAUAUCGGGGCAGUGGCUGACGGAGCACAGAAGAAAAAAAGGCGUCGAAAAAAACUGGAUGAUGAUGAGCAAAUGGAUCCUAGUGUUGGAGGGAUGGACACUUGUACUCAAGAUAAUAUCAUGGUAGGGGUGGCAGAUGAUGUACAGAAGAAAAAAAAGAAACCACGAAAGAAAAUUAAAGAGGGCGAGCCACCGAGUAUUGUUGGAAUCAUGGACACUUCAGCAAUUGAUGAAAAUGUUGUAAAGGAGACUCAAGGGGGUGAUGUGGUGCAGCAGAAUCGGGUCCCGGUGGGUGAUGUGGUGGUACUGCAGGAUCUGGUUCAAGGUUCUGCAGCAGACGAUAACGUAUUUGAGGUAGAUGGCACAUUACCGACCAAGAGAAAGAGGCGCCCCAAGAAUUUUGGCGAUGGGAUGUUGAGUAUAGAUGAUGUUGACUUGCGAUAUAAAGUUACAAAAGCUGAGAAAGCUGCCGAGAAAAAUGUUUCGCCUGAAAAGGUGACGCCAAAAUCUAAGGACAGUGUUGAAAAAAAAGAAAAGAAGGUGAAGGUCAAAGUAAAAAAGGCUGAAAAAGAACAAUCAAGUAUUAAGAAGGGGAAAUUAGAUUCACCAGGGGUUGCUGAGGGGGCAAUACCCAAGUCUAAAGGACGGAAAAGUAAGGGUGCGAGUGUGAAGAAGGGUAGUAAAUCUGUUUCAAGUCCAAAGAAAAAGUUGGCUAUGGUGGACAUGCCAGGUACACAUUCUAAGGCGCUGAAGCCUGACAAUUCUGUAUUCAUUCACCAAAAACUAGAGAAUUCUGCGUCUAAUCCAAAACUUUUGAAAAAUGUGAAUGAAACUGAUGGAAUAUCUGAGAACAAUGUUGCACUUAAUAAUCAAGGGGUAACUUCGACCCUGAAGAAAAGUCCUGUUGGGCAUAAACGUAGCAAUGCGAAACCAACCUUGACGCCAGGAAAAGAAGAAGGUACUCUCAUUGUUGAUGUUUUGUGCAGUGAUGAUGAAGAGAAAGAGACUGGUGCAAAAUAUCUUGGGUCUCGGAAGGAGGAUGACGAUGAAAAUGAUACUGAAUUAUCUUGAGGUACAUGUAUCCUAGAGGAGGAUGGUGCUAUAGUUGCUAUAGUGCUGCUAUUCUCAAGACAACUUGAGCAAUGAAACUAAGGCCAGUUUAGGAUUUAUUGAUGAAGUAUUUUGGACAUAGUUUGCGACAGGUAGACAGGUGCAACAAAUGAACUGGCUUUACAUUAAUUGUUGUGCAUGCAUUAAAAUAUUUUCUUUUCUUGUACUAAUGGAAUUUUAUUUGGGGUUUUGCUGCCAAUUAUUGUAGACAGAUGGCUCAUGCGAACUUGCCAGUGCCAAGAAAGCUAUUCAUUAUAUCUUUCCAUGUGACUAAUCGGCUCAUAAACUCUGCGUCUCGAUAUUUUGUAUAUGACAAAGGAACCUGAUUCUCAGGAACACAAAUGUAAAGUGGCCCUCUGUGUAUGGUAACUAUGGUGCAGGGCCUGUUAGUUGUAAGCUGUAACUGAAUAUUGAUUAUCGACUAUUGAUUUACUCGAUUGGUACCUUGAUCAAAUGUCUGUGUAUCUCUUGGUUUUCAUUUUGGACAGGUGUAAAGUUUUUUGUAAAAAUAAUCGAAUUUUAUACUUUUGUAGUUUGUAUAAUACCUCCUGUGUGUCCUUGGAUAAGAAACUUUACCAAGUUUAAGUACUCGGUGUUUAAUUUGUUGCACGACGCUGGAAAUGGCUUAGUUGUCCAAGUGAUGAAAUAUAUCAAUGGCUGUAGUUAUACAGCUCAAAGGGUGUUUGGUUCAUGAUUUCAGACAGUAUAUGUAAAACAUUUGUCAGUUGAUUAAUUUUCUACAUGUAUAAUUUGGGCCAAAGCCAUGGGAGUAUUUCAGGCAAAAUGGCAUUUAUCUACUGAAAAGGCUGUCUUCAGCUAAAUUGGGAAAAAAUGUAAAUUACUGUAAAAUGCUUCAAGAGCUGUUGCGGUUUCCUUACAAUGAGAUUAUAUCAGAGUAGUUGGAACAGCUCCGGACAUAUCUUAAGAGUACCUGUAUCUGAGUUUGGCGUACAAAACCUCAUGGUUUUUCAUUUAGCCUUUGUUUUGAACACUUUGUUUUUGUCGUCCUUGAGUUAUCCAUAGUCAUUAUAUAAUGUUGUGUGAAUGUGGUGUACCUUAUGUAGUAGAGCGGUUCAGAUUUUGAAACGGACACUAGAACGAGGCGAUUCUUCUUGUCUGGUUGUUGUCAUGGAGUCAAGUUGAUUGCUAGACAUACCAGACAUUAAAGAUUCGCUGUUUAAUUGCUCAUCUGACAACAGGCAACGGUAUACCCGUCGUAAAAAUGCCACGUCAUUCUUGGAUCAAAGUCUUUACCUCUCUUAUUGGCGUGGUUCAUCUUAGAAAAAAAUUCAGGGCCAAUUUGGACUGAUUCCAAAAUCACUACAUGUAGUUUAUUUUGUAAUUGUGGCAGUUUGUGUGUCGUUCUGUAUACUAUUUCUUUUCAUACCACAGUAGCCUGCCUAUAUUAUUCAUCUCAACAGAGACACUCUUGAAAGGGGGGGGGGGGACUAGGUACUGCUCAUACAGCAUUUCACUUGAACUCAGCUACAUAAAUUUCACAAUGAACCUGUAUGUUUCGGGUAGUAAAUUUCGUGUAUUGAAGGGGUGACAGGCUGGGGCAUUACGUCAACAUUUUGUAUUGUUAAUUUCCACCUCCUAGUGGUAUCACGCACGAGAGUGUAAAAUAACAAUUCAAAACACUGAUGUAUGCACCAGUCUGUCACCGCCUUAAUCCUCUUGUCUCACCAAAUGUAUUCCAGCCAAGUCAAACUUUAUGUAAAUGUAUGUAAAUAAACACAUUAAUCUCA